CUAAACUGUGUUUUCUAUGAGCACUCAUACAGUGUGACAGUGGGAUAUGGGUGCUCCCUGCAGGUCGGAAGAGGAAUGUCCUGUCAGAAAGGGGCUUUUGGGAGGACAUGAUUAAAAGUGAAACUAACGAAAGCACCAGAGAGCUGCGUGACAGCUCUUGCUCUCCCUGAACUGUGAUCUGAUCUGGUUUCUCUCUCAAUAUCUGUGAGACUGAAGUCAAUCAGGAAUGAGGGCCUUCAUCAUCAUCUUCAUCACUCUCUGUCUGAUCUCAGGUCAGGUUCUGUGUUUUAAAGUGAUCGGCUGCUCUGGAGGGAGUGUGAUGUUCAAGUGCAUGAAGACAAACAAGAGUGAGUCUUCUGAUCAGUUUAAAGGAAAGUAUUUCUGCAGAAACAGAGACUGUAGGACAGGAAUCAGUACUGAGAUUCAGCACCGCUGGGUUUAUAAUGAGAGAUUCGCUCUGUAUGACGAUGAAAACAGAGGAUUCUUCUCAGUGUUCAUCAGGAAGCUCAGCAGAGAGGAUGAUGGGAAAUACUCAUGUGGAAACAAUCAGGAAUGGAGUCAUGAUGUUGAUUUAGUGGUGAACAGAAACUCUUCUUCUUGUGGGACGUCUGUAAGACAAUCGGCAUAUAAAGGUCAAACAAUCACUUUCAGCUGUGAAUAUGAUCCCAAGUUUGAAACACACACCAAAGUCUUGUACAGAGUGAAUGGAGAUCCUGUGUUUGUGCUGAAGAUCUCUCAAUCAUCACAAUCAUCUGAAGAGAAGUUCAUCCUGUCUGACAAUCAGAGAAAUCACUUUACUGUGACCAUCAGAGACAUUUCUGAAGAUGAUGAUGGAGUUUAUUUAUGUGGAGUGGAGAGACACGGAGGAGAUAAACCACCUUCAGAAACAUCAGUUACUCACAUAACCUUCAUUAAAGAGAUUGAGCUGAACGUUUCUAGUCAGAUAUCUUCUGUCCAGGUUGAGGCCUACAUCAGUAAAUCAGUCUUCAUCAAGUGUAAAUUUCCAGAAGAAUUCAAAGAAAACCAGAAAUUCAUCCAGAUACAUUCAUCACAGGAGAUCUCUGUUAAACAGAAUCAGUGGAUCCGUCAUGAUAAAGUGCUCGUGUAUGAUGAUAGGAGUUCAGGAGUUUUGAAGGUUUUUAUCAGUGAUUUAACUGAAGCUGAUGAAGGAACGUACAGAUGUGGAGUGAAUAUUGUUAAUGAUCAUGUCUUCAUUAAGAUCACACUGAAGAUCAGUCAAGGUAAAGAGUUUCUGUGUGAUCAUUUCCCUGAAUCAAGUGAAUCAGCUGCUGUUAUUGGUGAAAGUGUGAAACUCAGCUGUAAUUCCCCUGAGAAACAGCAGUCCAUCAAACACAUCUGUAAAGAGAACGAGCAGAAGAUCUGUCAGAGCAUCAGUUCAUCAGAGAAGCAGCGCUUUGAGUUUUCUGACAGUACAGCAGGAGUUUUUACAGCGAGCAUCAGUAAUGUGAGCCUGAGAGAUGCUGGAGUUUACUGGUGUGGAGCAGAAACCAGACACCAGCAUCUGACUUCUGUUUCUCUCACCAAUAAACAUCAACUGACUUUAACCAUGCCUCCAGUGAUCGGACGUGAAGGAGAUUCAGUCCAGAUCCAAUGCCCUUAUGAUGAAAAACACACUAAAGAAAAGUGUCUGCGCAGUGGAACGUGUUUGAGUAAAGUAGUAAAGUAUCUGUGUAAAGGAAAGUGUUUCACUAAAGAUGCUCAAAUGAUCAUUCAGUCAGAUAAAGGUAAUGUUAAAAACCCAAGGAUUUCAGUAAAGGACGACACUGAACUCAAUCUCUUCACUGUGACCAUGACUGAGCUGAGAGCAGAGGAUGCUGGGAAAUACUGGUGUGCAGAGGAGAGCUCUGGGUCCUUCAUAUUCACUGAAGUUCAGCUACACGUGAUCAGAGAAAUGAUCUCGUCUGACAGCGAAAGUGGAAAAGACGAGCAAAAAGCAAAGUCUGGUUUUUUUAUAAUAGUUGCGGUUUCUGUGGGUUUGCUUCUGCUGGCUCUGGUUAUAGGGUUAAUCUUAUUCAAACUGAAACACAACAAACAUGGAAUAAUUUCAUCAACAGACAGAAGACAGACAGGGGCUCAUGAAACGACUCAAGAAGAAGCCAGGAGCCAUUCAGAUCCUGAAUCAAAUCCUCUCUAUUCCCCAGUUCAUUCACCCACAAUCCCCUCUGAUGGGCUCCUGUACGCUGCUGUCAGUUUCCAGAAGCAUGAAGAGUCUCUUAGUGAAGCUACAGUCAGAUUCAGUAAAGAGGAGACUCACUGUGAUUACGCAUCUGUUAGUCACAAUAUUUCGCCAAAUUAAUACCGGUCUUAAAGUGGAAGUGAAGCAGUCAGUUCAGUUAACAUUAUUUAACCCACAUAGCAACACUGUGUCGGCCCAGAUCCGGGCCACAUCUGGCACCCGUGGAAAGAUGAUCUGGCCCACAU